CCAGUGCUCUGACGUCAUCAGGGCUGCCACCGCUGUGUGUUCGUUCUCCCCUCCCCUUUGUGUUGUGGUGGGUGCGGCGGAGGUGCCCUGUGCUCCAUCCCUGACCCUCCACCUCCUCAGUGUGGGUGGGAAACCCCGGGGCCUGUCACCGGCCCGUUACCAAGAGGAAGAAGACGGCAGGGAAUUGUCUGCAAGCGGCAAAAAAUAUGGAAUGUAAAACUUAUCAUGUCGCCCCCGAGCCACCGCUUCCGCGACAUUGAGAGGACAGCAGAGUACCUCCAGCCAGAGAAGUGCAUCCCGCCACCCGUGGAUGACUCCAUGGAUAAAUUGUGGUUUAUCAAGGAUGGCUGCGGCAUUGCAUGUGCCGUGGUGACCUGGUUCCUGGUUUUGUAUGCCGAGUUUGUUGUCAUUUUUGUUAUGCUGCUACCAUCCAAGGACAUAAUUUAUAGCAUAAUUAAUGGGAUCAUCUUUAACAUUUUGGCGUUCAUGGCAUUGGCAUCGCAUAUGCGCGCUAUGAUUACCGAUCCUGGGUCCGUUCCCAAAGGAAAUGCCACCAAGGAAUUCAUUGAGAGUUUGCAGCUGAAGCCAGGGCAGGUGGUUUACAAGUGUCCGAAAUGUUGUAGCAUCAAGCCGGACAGGGCUCACCACUGCAGUGUAUGCAAGCGAUGCAUUCGAAAAAUGGAUCACCAUUGCCCUUGGGUCAACAACUGCGUGGGAGAAACCAACCAGAAAUUUUUUGUCUUGUUUACUAUGUAUAUAUCGCUGAUCUCCAUGCACGCCCUAAUUAUGGUAGGGUUUCAUUUCCUGUAUUGCUUUGAAGAAGACUGGACAAAGUGCAGCUCAUUUUCACCACCGACCACAGUCAUCCUGCUUAUUCUACUUUGUUUUGAGGGUCUACUCUUCCUCAUAUUCACCGCUGUGAUGUUUGGGACACAGGUACAUUCCAUAUGUACUGAUGAAACGGGCAUCGAAAAACUGAAGAAGCAGACCCCAUCCUGGAAAAAGAGCAGCAGCUGGGAAGGACUGAAGCAAGCAUUUGGUGGUAGUUUCUCUCCUGGAUGGUUAAGUCCUUUUUCAGGGACUGGUUAUCAGAAGGUGCCAUCAGAUACUGAAACCGGAUUGUCUGGAAAAGGUGGUGAAAUAGUCAUUGGCAAGAUGGUAGGAAAUGUGGAAGUCAUUGAAGUGGGAGGUGAAGAGGAGUCAAACCAGUCAAAUCAGUCAAAUAAUACCUAAAAAAAACCAUGAAAAAGCACAACAGACCGCACACAAAUUCAAAGUCCGUACCAUAGGCUUCUGCUUUUAAAAAUUCAUGAUGGUGACAAUGUA